AUGCCAGAAUUGUUAUACUUAUCCAUUUCAUCAUCAUCAUCAUCAUCAUCAUCAUCAUCAUCAUCAUCAUCAUCAUCAUCAUCAUCAUCAUCAUCAUCAUCAUCAUCAUCAUCAUCAUCAUCAUCAUCAUCAUCAUCAUCAUCAUCAUCAUCAUCAUCAUCAUCAUCAUCAUCAUCAUCAUCAUCAUCAUCAUCAUCAUCAUCAUCAUCAUCAUCAUCAUCAUCAUCAUCAUCAUCAUCAUCAUCAUCAUCAUCAUCAUCAUCAUCAUCAUCAUCAUCAUCAUCAUCAUCAUCAUCAUCAUCAUCAUCAUCAUCAUCAUCAUCAUCAUCAUCAUCAUCAUCAUCAUCAUCAUCAUCAUCAUCAUCAUCAUCAUCAUCAUCAUCAUCAUCAUCAUCAUCAUCAUCAUCAUCAUCAUCAUCAUCAUCAUCAUCAUCAUCAUCAUCAUCAUCAUCAUCAUCAUCAUCAUCAUCAUCAUCAUCAUCAUCAUCAUCAUCAUCAUCAUCAUCAUCAUCAUCAUCAUCAUCAUCAUCAUCAUCAUCAUCAUCAUCAUCAUCAUCAUCAUCAUCAUCAUCAUCAUCAUCAUCAUCAUCAUCAUCAUCAUCAUCAUCAUCAUCAUCAUCAUCAUCAUCAUCAUCAUCAUCAUCAUCAUCAUCAUCAUCAUCAUCAUCAUCAUCAUCAUCAUCAUCAUCAUCAUCAUCAUCAUCAUCAUCAUCAUCAUCAUCAUCAUCAUCAUCAUCAUCAUCAUCAUCAUCAUCAUCAUCAUCAUCAUCAUCAUCAUCAUCAUCAUCAUCAUCAUCAUCAUCAUCAUCAUCAUCAUCAUCAUCAUCAUCAUCAUCAUCAUCAUCAUCAUCAUCAUCAUCAUCAUCAUCAUCAUCAUCAUCAUCAUCAUCAUCAUCAUCAUCAUCAUCAUCAUCAUCAUCAUCAUCAUCAUCAUCAUCAUCAUCAUCAUCAUCAUCAUCAUCAUCAUCAUCAUCAUCAUCAUCAUCAUCAUCAUCAUCAUCAUCAUCAUCAUCAUCAUCAUCAUCAUCAUCGAUUAUACAAAUAUUUAAAGAACAAUAUAAUAUGAGUAGAGUAUCUCAUUUUUUUAAAAUGAACAAUACCAUAAAUAACAUGCAUAGACAUGUUAUAAGUGUAAUAAAUAAAUAG